GCAUUGUUCCAUGGAUUGCAAAUGAAAACAAAUUGGCGUCGGUUAGCUGACUACUCGUACACGGAAGUGCUGGCGAAGCCCUGACACUUACCAAUCACUGUGCCACUUAAAUUCGAUACGAACAGCACGCGAGAAUAAGUGUGGUCCGUGCUUUGCGUCCAUACCAUUUGCCACUACCCAAGGCCAAUGCAGACACCUGAAAGCGAUUUCAUUGGUUAAAGUGCUGAAGAGUCAUACCACACUACGCGACUGACAUAUCAUCGCGCGUUCCCGGCAGUUCGGAAUUCUCAUCACAUUAUGAGAAACGACGAUUGCCAGUAUAUUCACAUUACGCGCCCCGUUCUGACUAGUGCAAAAUUGAGGACCUUGGUUGAUGGAGAAUGGAAGGAGCCAAAGCGUAACCCGUUGAUGGUGCUCCGUACUAUACUGCGUAAGACGAAAGCAUAUUUUCUGCCAACACCACUGAAAUCUGGCAUGAAGUGCAAGGAUUCAACUCAAGUGGAACAAAGUAAACGCAACUGUUUCCUAUGGGGUGCAUGGCUACUCACAUUUUUUCCUUGCGUGCAAACGCUUCGAACAUACAACUUUCGAUCCUGGCUCAUCAAUGAUCUGAUUGCCGGUUUUACAGUGGGGAUUAUGCAUGUUCCACAGGGAAUGGCGUAUGCCCUUUUGGCAACCUUACCACCGGUUCAUGGACUGUAUACUUCUCUGUUCCCGCCUUUGGUAUACUUCAUUUUUGGAACUUCAAGGCACGUAUCAAUCGGUGCCAUAGCUGUGAUCAGCCUAUUGACCGGUGAUUUUCUUGAUAAGAAGGUUCAAGGUAUGCCUUCGCAUGCAGACAUGUUCAAUGACAAUGGAUCGUCAACCGCAUCUCCGUCUUCAGAGAUGCUUCGCGUAAAAUUUGCUCCUGCGAUGGCCGCAGCCGUUGGACUCACUCAGGUGAUAAUGGGAGUUUUGAAACUUGGCAGUAUGACCCGGUACUUAUCGAGCCCCAUGGUAUCUGGGUUCACGGUCGGAGUAGCGGUCCAUGUGCUUACGUCUCAGGUGCGAACGUUACUGGGGGUAACCUCUCCCAAACCGAACGGUCUGUUUGCAAUCCCAAGAAUGUACUAUGAACUGUUCAGAAAUAUUACAACCACAAACGUCGUAACCGUUGGACUCUCAGCAGUAUGCAUAACAGUGCUGGCAAUCGUCAAGACAUGGAUCAACCCGAAGGUUACAAAAAGAAUCCGGAUCCCGAUCCCAAUCGACCUCAUUACACUAAUCCUGGCAACAGUGACAUCAGACCGUCUGGAACUGAAUCACAAAUACAACGUCAGUGUGGUUGGUGAAAUCAGCAGGGGUAUUCCACCUCCUUUAGUACCUGCAAUCAAUGAGCUGAGCGAUUCCAUCACUGAUAUUCUCGUGAUAGCCAUCGUGGCUUAUUCUGUUUCCAUUUCUAUGGCCCGGAUACUGGCAAAAGAAUUGGAUUACAAAGUGGAUGCCAAUCAGUGUUGCUUGUCUGCAGUAAUCGUGGUUGCACUCAAGGGGAUGUUCGCGCACGCACUGGAGCUGAAGGACUUGUGGAAAUACUCAUUGUGGGAUUUCAGCAUAUGGACGCUUACCUGUGUCUGCACCGUCAUACUGGAUGUGAAAUUCGGUCUUCUUUUCGGCGUGGCUUUCUCUGCAUUGACUAUAGUCCUGCGAACUCAGUCUCCGUCAGCUCGAUUAAUUCGGAAGGCGGUCGGAACAGAAUUCUAUUGCGAGUUCGACGCAGAUUCUGACCAAACCGUAUCGGCUCCCGUUCGUGUAGUACGCUAUGAAGGCAGCCUGUACUACGCCUGUGCAGACCAAUUUCGUCAGGUAAUCUUUGAAAAAUCAUGUGUGGAUCCGGUGCACGUGUUCAGUAAACUUCAGCACAUUCGAAGGAAGUUAAACGCCCUACAUAGGCGGAUGGAUUUAGAUGUGUUCACGGUUGAAAAUACCAUCGGUCCGGGUUCGCAAGCAUUUGGGAACCAAGAACUGCACAGUACCUUCGUCGAAAAUGAUGAGACUACACCGACUGCGUUCACAACCAGGCCUGCCGUUACUACAAGCAUGAAGUUCGACUCCGUUGGAACUUCACAGAACAAACUAUCUGAUGGGACGGGGAGGAACCGGGAGGCGGAGCUUUUAAGUCAGUUAGCAGCAUUGGAGAAUGCGUGUGCACUACAAUAUCUUGUACUGGACUGUACGUCAUGGAAUUUCAUUGAUUUUGUCGGAGCCGAUGAAUUAAAGCAAAUAACUGAGGACUAUAAAAAGGUCGGUGUCCGCAUCUCUCUAGCCGGUCUAAAAGAUCAACUCAGGGAACUUUUGCUCAGCAAUGGAAAACUGCCGGAAGAGGUCGAAACGUUUCCAUCUGUAUACGAUGCAGUGAAAGCAGCAACUGCAAACCUAACAAGCAAUUCCGAGCAUCUUAGAGAAAUCCACUCCAUGAUAGCCGCUCAAAAAGAUUCUAACACCACUUUUGUGGAUUCGAAUUUACCGGACAACAGUACGAACAAUGUCGAUUUGGUUGACAGUCCCAUCAAAUGA